AUGGCUCUCAAGAAACAUAAUAUUAUUUGUUCAAUAUUUCUAGCAACCUUGAUAGCAUGGCAAUUCAUAUACUAUGUUUCUGGAUCAACAAAGAGAUCAUGGGGUUUGAAGCAUAAAGACACUGUUAAAAGCAUAGUGGGUGAUAAUGAUUUGAUUGAUUUUGCGAACACCAAUAAGCAACUUGCAUCUAACCAUCCUCCUAUAGAUUAUAAUAAUAAAGAUUUAAAGUACGCUUUAGUCCGAAGUGAUGAAGGUCACUAUUAUGGAGCAACUGCAACACUUACUCUAUGGAAACCAAAAGUUGACUAUAACGAAUUUAGUCUAACUCAACUAUGGCUUUCUUCUGGAUAUGGUACAAACAUAAAUACCAUUGAAGUCGGAUGGACAGUUUUUCCAUCUAAAUAUGGUGAUGAUAUGCCAAGAUUCUUUGUAUAUUGGACUAGAGAUUAUUACACAAAUACAGGCUGUUAUAAUUCUGAUUGCCCUGGAUUUGUACAAGUUGAUUUCAGCAUUAAACUUGGUGAUCCCAUUUCUACUAUUUCCACUGUUGGUGGGCCAAUAUUUGGAAUAAGAAUUAUGGUCUACAAGGAUGCUAGGAGUGGAAACUGGUGGCUUAGCUAUAAUGGUGUUAACAUAGGAUAUUUUCCUGAGAAUAUCUUCACUUCAUUGAGUGAAUAUGCUCAAAGAGUGGAUUUUGGUGGAGAGAUUUUAAAUAGAGAAAAUAAUGGUCACCACACAACUACUCAAAUGGGAAGUGGACUAUAUCCCCAUCAAUCUGGAGCAAGUUAUAUAACCGGAAUUAGACUAUUUGGCCUAGACAGAAAUCCAGUUGAAGGAAAUAUUCUGCAACCAGUUGCCAGCACACUUCCAUGUUACCGAAUCGUUGUUAGAAAUGAUACCAUCUUUUAUGGAGGUCCGGGUUAUUCUGCGUUAUGUCGUUAA